GUGGAUGGGGCAGGCUAGUAUUUCUCGCUUAUCUCACAUUUUCUGCCUGAUAUUAACAUGAAACUGUGUGCAGACUGCCGCAUGUGUCGUACAUUAGUGUUGUGGAUGACUGUAAGUAAUGUAUCAGUGGUGCUAAAGGUGGCAUGACGCGAGCUUGCUGACUAGCGGGUUAACGUAACGUACACGGCUUUGCUGUAAAGCUGUCAACAAAUUCAUCACGUUUGAUAUUUGAGUCAUUAUUUUAUUAUGCAUAGUAGUGAUUUCCUCCAGGUGUUAAAAUCAGUUAUAUGAAUUUAACUAUGUCAGCUCAGGCAGACUUAACAUUCAUUAGUUUUGACAACAAUCCGAUCUUUUAAUUAGGGCUUGUCAGCUGUCCAUGUGAUCUCUUUCGUUCAAUAUUUGUAUUUUCCGAUAUUAAGAUUUACUGAGCCAAAGAAGUCUAUACGUACAGUACAUAUUUUUGUCAAGUCUCCUUUCCAUGUGUAUGAAAGAAUCACCAAAAUACCUUUUAUACACAGACAAAACCGGUGAAAAUGGAACUGUAUCUAAAAUGAGCAAAUUGUGAACAAAACAAUUGCAAAUUAAUGUUUAUACAAAAUGUAAGAGACUUGCAACAAUAUCACUCUAAGAAUAGAAACGUGACUCAGAUAGGGCAUUGAUUUCUAUCUGUAUCUCCCUCCCUAGUCUUUCUUGACCUCUACUGUUCCUUACCCUCUAUUAAAAUAUGUUAACCAGUAUAUCAUAAGCUACAAGUCAGAAACUCUUAUGUAUGAGGCGCGGCCAAAAUCAUAUUGUAUUGUGUCCCAAAGCACAACUAGUAUACGUGAGCAGGUAGAGCUGUUGUCAACUAAGCAGCUAAUGACACACAUUAAUAGGCGGUUAAAUAAACAAUGUAUAACACAUCUGCCCACACUGUGUUGACACAGAGUCGGUUAGAAAUCUUCAAAGUGUCUCCACUAGUUAUGAUAAAUUAAGGUUUUGUAACCUUAACCGAUGCUCAAUGCUUAUCUUUGCAGAAGAAAAUUAGCCAACUCUGCAUUUGUCUUAAAGUCCUUCCGGGCCCGAAGCCGUCUCUAUCUUUUAUGUGCAUCGCCAAUACUUGCGUGUACUGUUGAUCACGUCUCUGGUCGUGUCGUUUUUAAGAUGCGGAGGCUUCAUAGGUCGGGGAGAAUACAACAGCAUGUCAGUUGAUCCAGGUCGUUUUGCUUGCUUCUGUGGCUGCAAGACGCUGCGUUUGUGUGCCAAUUGGUUUCAUAUCUGGCAACAUGGGGCGUCAAAAUAGGCAGGGGUCAUACAAGAUGUCUAUAAAAAUGCAAUAGAAAAAAACUUAGAGAAUCCUAAAGUAUGCCAAACAUAUGUCAUAUAGUAUGUCAGAAAAUGUGUAAAUAUAUCAUUGUAUUAUACCAUUUGAGUUUUUUGAAACUAAAAGUCAAACAUGUUGCGUGUUUGACAAUUGAACAAUCGUGGUGCAGUUAGGCUUCAUCUAAUUAAUAGUUAUCAGACUAUUUGUAUCCUUGAAACCAUCAAAGUAUGCAGUGUGGUCUCACUGGUCUCUGGUUCAGGUGAUCCUCCCAAUAAGAGCACAUUCAAACACGCAUCACUGAAUCCCUACUUGUUAUAUUGGCAAAUGUUUGUGGUUGGCGUUUGCAACAAUAACUUUAAUUCAUUUCAUCUUUAAGUUUUUGUUCAAUCAAUAACCCAAUAGUAAAGCCCACCUAUUGUGUUCCUCCGUAUGACUAUAGCCAGCCCCAGUGUUAUGGCCGCAGGGGUCACCGGAAGCGUCUCUGUGGCCUUGCACCCUCUGGUUAUCCUCAACAUAUCCGACCACUGGAUCCGCAUCCGCUCACAAGAGGGACGACCAAUGCAGGUGAUCGGCGCCCUGAUCGGGAAGCAGGAGGGAAGAAACAUCGAGGUGAUGAACUCCUUUGAGUUGCUGUCUCAGACCGUCGAUGACAGAGUGCAUAUUGACAAAGAGUACUACUACACCAAGGAGGAGCAAUUUAAACAGGUCUUUAAAGAGAUGGAGUUCUUAGGCUGGUACACCACAGGCGGCCCCCCUGAAGAAUCAGACAUCCACAUUCACAAGCAGGUGUGUGAAAUUAUUGAGAGUCCUCUCUUCCUCAAACUCAAUCCAAUGACCAAGCAUACGGAUCUUCCCGUUAGCGUUUAUGAAUCUGUGAUUGACAUCAUCAAUGGCGAGGCUACCAUGUUGUUUGCUGAGCUGACGUACACUCUGGCCACAGAAGAAGCGGAGAGAAUCGGGGUCGACCACGUAGCUCGAAUGACGGCCACGGGCACGGGAGAAAACUCCACAGUUGCUGAACACCUUAUAGCGCAGCACAGUGCGAUAAAGAUGCUCCACAGCCGGGUGAAGAUAAUUCUAGAGUACGUCAAAGCCGUGGAAUCAGGAGAGGUGCCAUUUAACCACGAGAUCCUCCGAGAAGCCAACGCCCUGUGCCACAGAUUGCCCGUCCUCAGUACCAUAAAAUUCAAAACUGACUUCUAUGAUCAAUGUAAUGACGUGGGCCUCAUGGCCUACUUGGGCACCAUCACCAAGACCUGCAACAGUAUGAACCAGUUCAUCAACAAGUUCAACGUCCUGUACGACAGACAGGGAAUCGGCCGGAGGAUGAGAGGACUCUUCUUCUGAGCCGGCAGAGAGACGAACAUGCACUGCAGUUUCUUUUUUGUUCUCUUUGGACAUGUUUGUAUUCUUUGGUUAGCGAAAACAAAUCCUGCAGUAACUUUUCAAAUAAGUUUACUGUUUUCAACCACAAGUGUAUUGAAAAAGCACUUCAUUACACAAAUCUAAAAGAGAUAUGUACAAAAUCGCUAAACCCCUUUCUUGGUUACGCACAGAAAUUAAUCCACUAUACAUGAACGUUAUAUUUUACCCCGUUUGUUUUAUUGUUUCAUGUUGCUGUAUGUAAUAAAUGAUCUGCUGAUUUUUUUCAUUGGACUUUGACUCCUCUUCUUUCUAAGAUUGUAUAGUAUGUCAUGAAAAAAAUAUUAAAACAUGGAAUAAUA